AUGGCGUUACCACGAUCAUUGCUGCAUUACGUCUGCAGCCUUCUCCUCCUGGCCGUCAGCGCCCAGGCCCUCAGGUUCGACCUGCAUGCCACCGCGCCAGGCGCCAGCAACCGCGAACGAUGCAUCCGCAACUUUGUGGCCAAGGAGACCUUGGUCGUCGUCACGGCCACCGUGGGCGGCUACAAGGGUGACGGCAUGACUGUCAACAUGCGCAUCAAGGACGCCGUAGGCAACGACUACGGCCGACCCAAGGACGUGGCCGGCGAGCAGCGCACCGUCUUCACCUCGCACGCUGACGCCGCUUUUGACGUCUGCUUCGAGAACGUCUUCUCCGAUUCCCGCUCCAUCCCCAACGCCUUUGUCGACGUCGAGCUCGACAUUGACAUUGGCGCCGACGCCAAGGACUGGUCCGCCAUUCAGGCCACCGAGAAGCUCAAGCCCGUCGAGGCCGAGCUCCGCCGUAUCGAGGAGCUGAUCAGCGAAGUCAACCGCGAGAUGGAUUACCUCAAGGCCCGUGAGCUUAAGCUGCGCGACACAAACGAGAGCACCAACACGCGCGUCAAGUGGUUCGGCGUCGGCACCACCUUUGUCCUCGUCGCGCUGUGGGCGUGGCAGAUCAUGUACCUGCGCGCGUACUUCCGGUCCAAGCACCUGAUCUAA